AUGCUUCUCCCAUUGACUCUUCUCGCAUGGGCGGCCAGCGCAGCAGCAGGCCUGACAUACCGCGGCGUGGACUGGUCCUCCAUCGCCGUAGAAGAAGCAUCAGGCAAGACCUUCUCCGACCUGGACGGCAAGACCAAGCCCUUGGAGCAAAUCCUCACAGACAACGGCGUCAACAUAGUACGCCAACGCCUCUGGUAUGGCAACGGCGACUACGACCUCGACUACAAUCUCAAACUCGCCAAGCGCGCCCAUGCCGCUGGGCUACAAAUCUACCUCGACAUCUUCUUCAGCAGCACUUGGACAGACCCAGGACACCAGACCACACCCAGCGCAUGGUCGGGCACGAGUAUCACUACUCUUGCAUCAGAUGUGCAGAGCUAUACUCAAUCCGUCAUGAAUUCGUUCCAUUCAGCCGGCAUCCCACUCGCCAUGGUAGCGAUCGGGAACGAGAUCACCGACGGCCUACUCUGGCCAUUAGGCAACCUCAACAGCUCGCCCAAGAAUGCAGCCACACUACUGCACGCGGCCUCCGCUGGUAUCAAAGCAUCCUCGCUCAGCACCAAGCCAAAGAUCAUCAUCCACACGGACAACGGCUGGAACUGGAGCACGCAGCAAUGGUGGUACGACACAGUUCUUGGCGCCGGUCCUCUCAAAGCCAGUGACUACGAUAUCCAAGGCGUGAGCUACUACCCAUUUUACAACCCGAGCGCUACACUCGCUUCGCUCAAGACUAGCGUGACGAACAUGAAGUCGAGGUAUGGGAAGGAGAUCAUGGUAGUAGAGACCAACUGGCCUUCGAGUUGUCCCAACCCGGCAUAUGCGUUCCCGUCUGAUACCAAGAGUAUUCCGUGGAAUGAGGCUGGUCAGGCGACAUGGAUCAAGGAUGUUGCGAGUACUGUGCAAAGCGCCGGCGGUGAUGGUCUUUUCUACUGGGAGCCUGCCUGGGUCGAUAACGCCUCCCUGGGGAGUAGCUGUGCUUGGUGUGUGAUGUUUGGCAUAGAUGGGAAGGCGUUCACAGGGCUCAAUGUCUUCAAGAGCAUCUGA